AGUGAAUUCUGCUGAGCGAUUGUCAGUCUUAGUUUAGUGGUCACAUCACAUUUAAUCUGCAGUUAGCAGCAACAGCAGCGCGAGACGCAAAGCCGAUAAAAGCACGACUUAAAAUACAUACACGGGGAAAAUCUCUCUAGCAAAAAUGUUCAAAUUGCUCAUCGUCUCCGCCCUGGCCGCCGUAGCGCUCGCCCAGAACCCUGACGCAGAGGCCCAGAUCGUGGCCUCCGACAGCGUGGUCAACCCAGACGGUUCGUACGCGUGGAACUACGAAACCAGCAACGGAAUCAAGGCCCAGGAGGAAGGCGUCGGUGGACAGUCGGCCCAGGGUAGCGCCUCGUGGACGGACCGUGACGGAACGCCCAUCCAGCUUACAUAUGUCGCCGACGUGAACGGAUUCCAGCCCCAGGGUGCCCAUCUGCCUCGUGAAGGACCCGCCCCAGCUCAUGUUCUGAAGACGCUCGAGUUCAUCCGUGCCAACCCACCGAAGGAUGAUCCCAACUUCAACAUCCAGGCCCUGGAAACCGAAAUCGCCAGACUGCAGGCCCUCCAGUAAGCUAAUCCUCGACCUAACAACGCAGCGGCCGCACAGCACCACACAAACACACGAACACACACACAAGCGCAAAUUCACACAUUCCAAGAGUGGGAGAUCCUAGAGCCGAUUGGAACUCGCAGCGACCUGUGCACAUACUCAAAACCAUUCUAUCGAACGACACGGCAACUCCGAGAAGCGCUAAACACUGAGUGAAAUUUUCCGAAUUUUGAAGAUGUAAAUUUGUUGUAAAUAUUACCCUUCUCUUCCUAGUUUGUAAUAUUCUGUGUGGACUACACAAAGCAGAAUUAGGAACUUAAAAGCUUAUUUUUUAUAUUUCUUGUAGAUUUUCGCAUUUUUCCGAUAUAUGCAUUUAAUGCUGUACAUGUGAAAGAAAACCUAUGUGCCCAUAUAUAUAUUUUUUAUUAUUUACGUUUUUUAACGAAGGAGAAAGAGAUUAAUAACAAACAAAAAAUGUCGGACGUGGAACGUCAAGUCAAAACAUAUCAAAUGAAACAGUAGUGAUUGAAUCAAGUCGAGAGGUGAGACAGCAUACAACAUCGAACUUUUGAAUGAAGCCUGAGAGAAUGAGAGACAGAGAGGAAGGGGGGAACAGGCGAUACGAAGAUAUAAAACCAUUCAUUUCUUUACCUUUAAAAUUACAAGGCAAACAGAAACUCAGCUAAAGAUAGGGGAAAAUGAAAGAAGAUACUAUCUAAAUGACAUAACUUGUUCAUACAAUAAAGGAUAAUAUUUUAAAUACUCUA